AUGGCUGACAGCGAAAAGGCAAGCAGGGUUGAUGAUCCUUUUAAGGUACUCUUUGUCAGUGUUAUCGUCUGAUAUUUGGAUUUAUUUUCGAUAGGAAACUGAGGAACAACUGAAGAGACGUGGUAUAGCAAAAGAUAAAGAUGUUUCAGAGAUUUACUUGGGGAACAGGUAGAUUAUAAAUGUUUGUCACUGACACGGGAAGAUAUAAAUAUAUGUUUUGGACCGUUCCAUGCUAACUUUCAUAUAAGUAAUCAGUUUAUAUAACAGUUAACUGAAGCCCUUCGGAUUACUUAAUAACAGUGUGGAUGUUUUAAUUCAAGGGAUUAUUUGAUGUUUAGCUUUUAAACAUCAAUCGAAAUGCGUCAAGUUUAUGGUUCACAUUUAUGCAGAGUUUGUAAUUGAUUGAGCUUAUUUCGUGGAGCCUUGAGUACCACCUAUGCCCCAGAGCGAAUAAGCUGAAUUUUACACUUAUUGGAGGACAGACGCAUACAUGACGUCACCCUUCUUUUUCUUACCGCAUUUUGUUGACAUCUGUGAUCUAUUACUGAACAGAUGCAUGGCAACACCACAUUUAUUUCUUAAAUAAAACAAAUCACAGAGAUACAAACCACUGGAGUCUGAAAUCUGGGAAUGUUUGAGUUUGGAUGAUGUCUCUACCCCUCCCUCCAACACUCCACCUCCCAAAGUGUUGACAGUUGACAGUCAACAGCCACAUACUCAACUUGACUUCCUCCCCAUUUUGAUCUCACUUUCAAGGUCAAAGCCCUACUAGUAUUGAAUCUCAGGAUGUUCUGGUCAAAAACAAGUAAAACAAUAAUAGAAAUGCAGUCAAUUUUUGUUUAUUGUUGUGCUUUUUAUACCCACAGAGCACUUGAGGAAGUGGCUGACUUUGGGAAAUAUAGAAACUUACAAAUUGUUUGGUUGAAUGGAAAUAAGGUGGAAUUUUAUUAUUACCAUACAUUUUACUUUAUGUGUGUUAUCUUAUGGUUUUAUCACAGGAAUAAGGAAUCUAAAAUAAAAUGAUGUAAUUGUUGUUAUCACUGGGUAAUGGGUGGCAAACUUGCCAUUGGGUGUAGGCUUAAGCUUUGGAAAAUUAAUGAGGCUGUGAUUUCUGGCUAAAACCCUUACAGUGCCUCUUGUCCCCCCCUCCCCCUCACCCAGGGGAUAUAAAUAAGUCUUAACUUGAGCUAAGUAGUCCACCUAGCCAGAGCCUAUCCCAGUUUCCUCAGGAAUAACACAAGGAGUACCGCUACUCUCUGGAGAUAGGAUGUCAGUCCAUUGCAAGGUCCCUCCACCCCAACAUUUUAUCAGGCUUCCCUGACAAUUCAAAGACAUCCAUUUAUAAAAUCUAAGAUGGUGAGAGGCAGUGUGAGAGUGUAAUGUUUUGCUGAAGAAUAACUGACCAUUGACCCGGCCAGAGCUUAUUGACCAGGGGACCAGCGCAUUGACAUUACACCACUGCACCUCUGACACACAGGAGUAUAAAUGGGUACUAACAGGAAAGCAUAUUAAAAUUUAGAGAUGUAACUUGGAUGGAUUAGCUUUCUGGAGAGGUGUGUUGUACACCUCUAUAGCUUGGCCCAAGUUCAGACCUAUCAUUCUAUGGAAGAUGAUUUCAACUUAUUUAAACUCAGCUCACCAUAAAAAUUUUUUUCCUCCUUUCUUAACAUGUUGUUUGGGUUGAAAAGGCAAUAAACCCUUUCAUUCCCAACUGAUCCCAAUAGUAAUUAUCCUUACUGACUGCUAUACAUUUCUUUUAAUGGUAGCUCAGAGAAUUUGGUAUUGGAUCAACUAAUAAUCCCCUAAUCAAUAUUUUUCUGUAUUCUCAUCACUUGUUUGCUUGAUAUUGUAUUGAUAUUGUGAGGAGAUAUCUCUCUUGGUCUCUCAUGAGAGUUUAAGGGUUCAACCAAUCAGAUGUGUGGUAAUUUUGUUUUUGGGCAUAAUUAUGGGCUUUAGAAUGAAGUUUUUCAGGUUUUCAUAGCUUACCUGUAUCAUUGCUGACACCAUGUUUAGUACUGUUCUCUUCUUCAUUCUGCAGCUGAGGAAGUUGAACUGUUUUAGCUCAAACUAUCAACUGAGAGAGUUGUACCUUCAAGACAAUAUGUUAGUGGAACUGAAUGGCUCUUUACACCACUUGACAUGCCUUCAAGUAUUAUUGCUGAAUGGAAAUCAGCUGGUAAAACUCACUGACAUUGUUCAUGAGUUAAAAGCCAUGCAGUGCCUAAAGACACUUAGUAAGUUGUCAGACAAUUUAACCCUAUUCACUCCAAGAUCAAAAUGCAUCUUCCUCAGACUUAUCUCUAUAUAUUUCCUGUGGCACUAUCAGGGAGAAUUGGUUUAACAAUUAAGGGGUUCUUAGGUUAGUAAUCAUUUCCUCUGUUCUUGUAACCACAGUGUUUUAUGUAGGGUUGAUGCUGUAAGGAGAAAAUAGAUGCUGGUCACUCUUAGGGGUCAGAGAGUUAAUUUAAACCUUGUUUAUUGGGGUGACAUAUUACAUAUUCAUAGGGGAGAGUGGUAUUUUUUUUCUGCUCAUUUAAAGCUAUAAGAUUUUCUUAAGUGGAGAAGUUAUCAUCAUAUGGGGAAAGGGUACUUCAUUAUAUGGGAUGUAUAGGUGUUUUUGUGUCAAACAAUAUAGGUUAACAUAAAAUUGAAUGUGUGCUGGGAAAAAGUGAGUAUUUAUUGACUGCUAGUUUGUACUUUAAAAUUGUCUCAUAUUUCCUUGUAAAACUCUGGGUGAAGUUGAUGUUGAAUUGAAAGAUUUUAUUCCAACUGCCCCUUAAAUUUGUGUCUGGAUUGUGGACACCAAUAAGUUCUUGCAUACUGUACACUCUGAAGCUGGAAAUUAAGUCUGGCAAAAUAAUUUUUUUCUUCAAUAGAGUAGGUAAAAUCACUAAGCAAAACAAUUUUCGUAUGAACCUUAUACAAGAAGUGAUGUUGUAAUUUAUAGUUACUCAUAUAACAUUGUAUUUCAGACCUCUUUGCUAAUCCACUGGCUCAGGAUUAUGACUACAGAAGCUAUGUUAUACAUCAUCUACCCUCCAUUGAACUGCUUGAUAGGAAAGGUAAACAACAUGUCAUGACAUUUGGUGGAAAAAUAAUAAGUGUUCAACCUUUCACUCAACAUCAAGUAUCAAUUAGCUGCAAUGUCUUCCACACAUUUUCUUACAAUUUAAACUCUGGGAAUUAUUUGGGUGUUAAAUCAGACAAUAUACACUUGUUGAUGCUCUUCUUCUCAUUAUCUCUCUGUUUGAACAUUUAUUGAUAUUUCAAGGAGAAAUUAUAUUUUGGUCACUAUAGAUCAGGGUUACAGAGGUAAGGUUUAAAAUUGGUAAUGAGCGUAUUCUCUAUGCAGCAAAGGCAACUGAGGUCCAUUUCAAAUGAUGUACUUUUGCUGUUCAGCCAGAUUAGACUAUGACAUAGGGAACAUACAGUAGCUAUUCAAAUUCUGUAAUUCAGUGUUUAAAAAAACCCUGACUUGCAUGUAGUAACAUUCAGUAAGAACCUAAAUGAGAUAAUGAAUUGUAGACCCACUGGCAGAAGAUCGGUUGAAACAAAGGGUGUACAGAUGUUUGCUUUGUAACUACAUAGUGAGACAUAUCACACUAUUCUGAGGCAUUCCUAACUACUGUUCUUGUUUCAAAAAUGCCAGUAAGAACAAUUGUCUCCACUUUUUCAACCUAAAAACAUUCUAAACAUAGCAUAUCAGGGAAAAUGCCACCAUCAAAUUUCUAACCUUACAUCACAAUUUAAUUUUGUACCAGACCUCUACCUUCUAAUAUCCAAUUCUUUAGAAAAGGAUUCUGAUACCUUGUAGAGUUCUGACAAAUUUUACUUUGACAGUUUGAUAAGGUUCCCCAAGGUUGUGGGGACAAAAUAUUAAAGAAAUCAAUUCAAUUUCUAGAAAUCACCAAAGCGGAAAGGGACAAAGCCAGGAAAAAAUACGAUUCACAUCGAGAGAUGGUGAAACAAACCGUAGCUUUUGGUCGCCGAGCGGACGGUCCACCGAAACAAGUCUAUCACCCCCCACCUUCAGGGAUGCUAGAAAGCUUUGGUUUUGACGAAGGUAACUUUACUUUACAGACCAGAGGUUUUUGCCCCGUAUAAGAUCACCUCUGUCCCUUCCUCAGUCCAAGUUUUCGUCCAAAAGGAUGUUUUGCUGUAAGGAUAGCUGUAGAGUGGUAAACAAUACGUCUGUGUCGAGAACGCUCGGCAGUUGUAUCUGUAAGUUUUCUAAAAGCUGGUGAGCGAUGACCCACUAACCUCGUCAGACAAACACUUGAGAGCUACUCCAAGGCAGUUUGAGUAUCAGAACAUAUUAGCUGGAAUUGCGAAUGAAGUGACAUGUUCUUUAGGUUUGCAAGAAGAGUAAAUGGUGUUUAAUAAAACCUGAAAGUCGCUAUUAUUUCUGAUUCUUUACUUUCUUUCCAGAUCAUUUGACAAACCUCCCCACGAACAAAAAAUGACCGUAUUUAUGAAAUGUUCGCACUUACGAUUACACAAUUAACCGUUAGCCGUAAAAUGGCCACAAUUUUUAACCGAUAACCGUAAAAGCCAUAACCCCAUCGAAACCCUCAGUCUUCCACGAAGUUCCCAGUCGUGCAUUUUGACUAAGAGAUUGUUUGCUUCUUGGUACAGAUGACUGUGAAGAGCAGAAUGGUGACAAAUCUGAUAGUGUCUCAAGGUUGGUGCUAAUUACAUAAUGAUCCUUUAAGUGACAUGCUUGUUGUGAUGUUUGUGUAAUUGAAUCUUUCAGUGACCACCAGGCCAUUCUUGCGGAAUCGAUAAAAAGGCGAGGUCUUCAGCGGUCCGUUAUGCAGUACUCCACAUUUGAUUGGUCUUCCAUUCCUUUGUCACAAGAAAGGAGACUUGUUCCAGAGAGUGUACCUGAUCAGCCUCGAAUUUUAACUGUGCGAUUUCGAUAACCUCGGCCAACUAGCACCCUUUCCCCCCGACAAGUACAUUACCAUUCAUUGUUUUACAGUGUACCGGUGAAGAAGUUCGAACCCCUAUGGAGGGGUCUGUAGCUUUCCCAAACCCACCCCUGCAAUAUAAUACAAGAUUCGAAUUUUUUUUUUUACCUGAAAAAUUCUCCCAGACUCCCAUAGAUACAU